UACAGCUUUGUGCGUGAGCAGAUCCCUGCGUUUUUGGGGGGAGUGAUACUAAAGACUGAUCGCUUUUACCCAACAUUUUAUUUAACUAUGGAAAUGCAUUCCACGUGUAAAGGUGUCAGUACAGGUACUACCAUAGUUGCAGUUAAGUUCAAUGGAGGUGUUAUUAUUGCUUCUGACUCAAGGGCCUCAGUUGGUGGGUCUUACGUGUCAUCUAAACUCAUAAACAAGCUGAUACAGGUUCAUGAUCGGAUAUUCUGUUGCAUUGCUGGUUCACUGGCAGAUGCACAAUAUGCCACUAGGGUGGCCAAGUUCCAGCUUUCUUUCCACAGUGUACAGAUAGAGUCCCCUCCAUUGGUAAAAGCUGCAGCCACUGUGCUAAAAGAUAUUUGUUUCAGAAAUAGGGAAGAUCUGCAGGCUGGUUUUAUUACAGCAGGCUGGGACAAAAAGAAUGGACCUCAGGUGUACACAGUAUCAAUGGGAGGGAUGCUGAUAAGUCAACCCUUUACCAUUGGUGGUUCUGGUAGCACCUAUAUCUAUGGCUACAUGGAUGCGAAAUACAAACAGGAUAUGAGCCAAGAGGAGUGUGUCCAGUUUGCUACAAAUGCUUUGGCCCUGGCUAUUGGCAGAGAUAAUGUGAGUGGAGGUGUGGUCCACUUGGUGGUAAUUACUGAAGGUGGAGUUGAACAUUUGUUUGUUCCUGGUGAUAAGCUGCCAAAGUUCAGUGACGAAUAACUAGUUGCCAUGUUUAGCCAAUCACUGAGGGAAUCUUAAAUAGUAAAUAAAGGUGUGCUGUUUAAUUAAAUAAAAACAUAAUGCUCUGUACAUGUAAGCUCACACUUUAUUAAAAAAAUUAGAUGUGGACGAGA